AUGGACACUGCUGAGUCCAGUGAGCCAUCACGACUACAACGACUGAAACAGUCCGUCGACGCCGUCCUCCUAUCCCUCGCAAUCAAACUCGUUCGACUUGAACAGAAAACCCCUGCCGCGAGACGAAUCACCCGCUUCCUCGACUCCCUUGCCCUACCCAAUAUGAUGCUCGUAUUCCUCCUCUUGGCUAGCCUCUUUACCAUUGUGAGCGCAGCCGGAGGCGAUCCAGUUGUCAUCAAUUCCAACGUCACGAACGUCGAUAAACGAGCGCCCCCCCAGCUGAUCGCAAGCCCAGAUGCCACAACUCCCUCCGUCCAGUAUGGCAUGAACCUCAUGGAGGCCCAGCUGAGGUACAGAGACCCCUUUGUUAUCGAUACAUUCGAAUACAGCGACCGCAACGAUCUUGGCUUUUGGCACGGUUCUGGCGAGAAUCUCGACGUGCACUACGGCGUCGAUACAAGACGUGGUGGACACUACGCGCGUCUGUACCCGAAAGACCCGGAUCAGAACUUCCACUCGCAGGUAUCCGCUGUGCAUUGUACGAACUUUAUGCCGUUCCGCGAGCGGUAUCUGCACGUCGUGUUCUCGGGAUCCAACAAAUUUAGUAUCUCGCUGAACCAGAAUAACCCUGAGUGUCGGCCGGGCAGGAAUCCGUAUCCAGCUACGUGGGAUACAGUCGAGGCGAGACGGUACUUGAGCGGGAAGAAUGAUAUUUAUGUGCCCAUGUCGCACUUCGCAAUUGAUUUGUCGAAGAUCGUGUCGGUUUCUUUCAAUGGGUUUUAUUCCGGGGAGAGUGUCACGCUGCAUCGCAUUGAGAUUGUGCGUGUCUUGCCAACUGGGGCGUCGGUACCGCUCAAGCUGCCUAAUGGACAGAUGAUUCUCAAAUGCUCGAGGCCUAAUUCGUUUGCGUUUGGGAUUGAUGAUGGGCAACCGCGAUUUGCGCAGGAGGUUAUGAAUAUCCUUGAGGAGGAGAAGGUGCUCGUGACGUUCUUCGUUGUCGGGAAAGGCUUGAGGGAUAAAGAAACCAAUUUCACCCAGGUGUACAGGGAGAUGUUGCGGCGAGGACAUCAGGUUGCGCUUCAUUCCAAUACACAUCAAAAGAUGGAAGCAUUAGACGACGAGGAUAUCGAAGACGAGAUCUUGGAGAAUAUUGAUGCGUUCAAGGACCACCUAGGAAUUCAGUCUCGAUACUUCCGACCCCCAUACGGAACUAUUGGGGCCAGAACGCGCCAGAUACUCGCAACUCGACUUCUCGACCCGUACAUUGUGAACUGGAGCGUUGACGUCGAGGAUUGGCUCUGGGCCGACACCGAUACCCCGGAACGACAGAUUGAAGCCUUUACGCGCGACAUCACGAAAGGCGGAAAUCUGGCCGUGAUGCACUACCUCAGUCCGAGCACGGUGGCAUAUUUCAGACAAUUCAUCCAUACGGUCAAGAGUGCUGGUAUGAACAUCAUGCGGAUUGACCAGUGUCUUGAAGAUCCGAACGCACCUCCGCUGAACCCAAAUAAUUUCUAG